CUGAGGAGGCGCGUCGCCCGGGGAGCGCUUCACAGACCCUCUGCUUAAAAUUGAAAGCUCUCUCAGUAAAAUAAACAUAAAAUGUGUAUAUAUGCAUAUGUAUAUAUUCAUAUUAAAAAAUACUAAUAAAAACAACUAAAGAGAAAAAUAGAAGGCAAGCAGAGAUAACACAAAAAAGGAGAGAAACGACCAGAAGACCAAAAAAAAAAGAUUUACACCAAUGAAGCCAGAGUUGCACCCAAUACCACUGUGUGUAGAUCUGAUAAUCUGUGAACAGCACCACGAAUGACAUUCGGCUGCACCCGAAGAUAAAGGAAUACGCACAUAUUAAAACGCCAGUUACAGUCGUGAGUGGCUUGGAAAACCACCUCGUUUAUUACAAUUCAUUCUUAAAAAGCUGUUUUUUAGCAUUCUGCAGUGGAUGUGGCACGAAAUGAUCCUCGAAAGGAGGAUGCACUGACCGUGUCCAGUUCCCAAGGGUUCUCUUAGGAAACAGGCUGACACUGCAAGCCGGCUGUGCGGAUUGCACAUCUCAUAACUCUGGGAGUUUUACAUGUGCAAGAUGACAUCGGAGUACUUGCUCAGGUCACUUCUGCUUCUCAUUCUAGCGCUGUUCUCCGCUAAUGCCAGCAACUGGUUCUGCAGUGAGGCCAUCCAUAGCAAGAAGGAAACAUACACAGCACGCCACGAGGAGCCUGUUGGAGGAGCCCCUCCUUCAGCCACACUGGUACCUGGCCAAGCUGUCAUCGGUGGGCAGCAUCUCGGAGGAGGAGACCUGUGAGAAGCUGAAGGGUCUGAUCCAGCGGCAGGUUCAGAUCUGCAAGCGCAACGUGGAGGUGAUGGACUCGGUGCGGCGCGGCGCCCAGCUCGCUAUCGACGAGUGCCAAUACCAGUUCCGCAACCGGCGCUGGAACUGCUCCACCCUGGACACGCUGCCCGUCUUCGGGAAGGUUGUCACGCAGGGACUGUCUGUUACAGGCACGCGGGAGGCUGCCUUCGUGUACGCCAUCUCCUCGGCAGGUGUGGCGUUUGCUGUGACCAGGGCCUGCAGCAGCGGAGAGCUGGAGAAGUGCGGCUGUGACCGGACUGUGCACGGAGUUAGCCCUGAGGGUUUCCAGUGGUCAGGCUGCUCUGAUAACAUCGCCUACGGAGUGGCGUUCUCUCAGUCCUUCGUGGACGUCAGGGAGAGGAGCAAAGGAUCGUCUUCCAGCCGGGCGCUGAUGAACCUUCACAACAACGAGGCCGGGAGGAAGGCCAUCUUAAGUAACAUGCGCGUGGAGUGCAAGUGCCAUGGCGUGUCAGGGUCCUGCGAGGUGAAGACCUGCUGGAAGGCCAUGCCCCCGUUCAGGAAGGUGGGGAACGUCCUGAAGGAGAAGUUCGACGGGGCCACCGAGGUGGAGCAGAAGAAGAUCGGCUCCACCAAGGUCCUGGUGCCCAAGAACUCGCAGUUCAAGCCGCACACCGAUGACGACCUCGUCUACCUGGAUCCCAGCCCAGACUUCUGCGAUCACGACCUGAAGAGCGGGGUGCUGGGCACGGCCGGGAGGCAGUGCAACAAGACCUCCAAGGCCAUUGACGGCUGUGAGCUGAUGUGCUGUGGCCGGGGCUUCCACACGGAGGAGGUGGAGGUGGUGGACAGGUGCAGCUGCAAGUUCCACUGGUGCUGCUACGUCAAGUGUAAGCAGUGUCGGAAAGUGGUGGAGAUGCACACGUGUCGGUGAUCGGCGCAAACCCACGGACGCUACAGCCUCACCGUAAAAAAAAAAAAAAACAAGAAAACUGGACAAAAAAAAAAGGAACAAAGAAAAAAGUUCCAGAGAUUCCGUUGUUUUCUAAUUUAAAAACCCCAAAGGAGUUGUAUGUGUCUUCUUGUUUUGUUUCGUGGUUGUGAUUGUUUAAUUUAUUGGGGACUCCUGACUGAGGUGGUGGUGAUAACACCGAGGCCCUGACACUCCAGGGUAAAGGAACUCAUCUUCAGCUCAUGCUGCUUUUGGGACCGAUUUGGAGGACGGCUUUGAGGGGAACUGAAAACGAGCAAUGAAGAGACUUUGAGACUAAUUAACAAAUAAGCAAAUAUAUAAAUAAAUAAACUAAUAAAUAUGACUCAGUCCAGGUGUACAUUUAAUAAAAAGGACAGUCAAGUUAGUAUGAAACAAUGCGUCAGACUGCCCCAUCUGUUUAGUCUCUGACGUGUGAUGGGAACUCCCUCUUGUUUCAUUGAGGAGAUUCACCUGUGUAAAGGGCUUUGUAGUUUACCCUAGCAAUAAUUUUGAAAGGCAGGAGCCGUGCUUUGGGAUUAUGCUGUUGCCAUAUUAGUGUCAUUGGCCACUCAAACACAAAAGAACCAAUGGAAAUGUCUCCUUUCAUCUCUGGACUGAGAGAUGAGGAACCCUACAAUACUCCACGACUGAUCCUAUCCCAUGUAAACACUGCUCCCAAGCCAGAAACUGUAAUAGCAGAGAAACUGGCUGUGGUCCUCUGUAAAGAAUACUGUAUGUCUGUAAAUCUGAUUUCCUGAUGGGUUCAUUCUUGCUUGUUCUUGGUAACAUAGAUGGAGAUGAUACAGGGUGAUUCAUACAUUAUUACAGAACUUUUCAUUUCAUUUCAGGUUUACAAGUAGACAGUAAUGGCAGACGGGAACACAGAGAGAUGAAUGUGUGGACUUAUACAAGCCCUGGAAAGCGUGCUGGCCAGUGCCUUAGCUAACUGGAAUCAAUGCACACGUUCUAGAAUAAUGUCACCCUGUCUAUAUGUUAGCUAAGUUGCCAGUCAAAGAUAUUUGUGGCCAGUUCCACAAUAUUUAUCCACAGCAUCCAUCCACAUCAGUGUGCUGGUCUACCACUUGAAAUAAAAAUGUUUGUUAAAUGGUUGUUCUACAGACAUCCUCAGACUUUUGCUACAGUUUUUAUUUUAUUUAAAUGAUACAGCAGAACCCUCUUAAGAACAAAUUCAUCGAAUGACCCCUAGAAUCUUAAGCAAGCUAAACAAUGACUGAUUGACAUGAUUAGAUAAAGAGAGGUGUAUUCCAGUAUGUGUGUACUGUGAAGAUGAUGUUCAUUUGUGUAAACCACUUUGCAAGGGGCUCAACACAGUGCAGGAUGAUGUGGAAGUUGCACCUGUGUCCCUCUGCCACACAUGCACAGAAAAGUAGAAAGGAUGGUGCAGAUCCUGCUGCUUGUGUUGUUCUAGUGUCAGAGUGAAUAAACAAGAACUACCUUUCAGGGUCUAAAUCCUCCCCUUCCAGUGCUCUGUGUGUGUCCUGAAUCCUCACUUCUCAACCCUCCAGUGCGCUGUCUGUUUCCUGAAUCCUCUCCUUCCAGUCCUCUUUAUCUGUCCUGAAUUCUCUCCUUCCAACCGUCUGUGCUGUCUGUGUGUGUCCUGAAUUCUCCCCUUCCAGUCCUCUGUGUGUGUCCUGUCAUUGAGUCUCCACACAUUACAGCCCUUCGCUUCUGGUCCUAACGGGACACCUGCAGGGUUGUAGUGGAAUGUGGGAGGACUGUAAGUUUGAAAGUUAACCUUCAUUCUCUCUAAGAGUUUGCCUAGAAUGGGGAAAAAAACAGAGUUGUGAUGUUUCUGGGAGAGUGUUGUAGCUGCAAAACAUUUUAUCGUAAAUUCGUUUUUUGUUUUGUUUUUUUAAAACAUUUAAAUUGGUCUGUAAGCUAGGUACCCAAGUGGGAAUUGGAAAUUACCAUGAGAACUUAUUCAUUUAAGUUAUUGAAUAAAAUAACUUGAAGCUGUUUUGUUUAUCAGCCCUUAUCACGGAACCUGAGGAAGCGUUACCCUGAAGAAAUGCUUUUUUGCCUGAUGAUUUAAUAUUCAAAGCACACUUGGGGGACUCAAGGAAUAGAAAAUGUACCACAGAUAAAAAAAAAUGUUUUCCAAACUGCUAUAAACUCACAAUGAGAAUACACCAGGCGAGUUGCUUUGGGUCAGCUGUAGGGUCGACCUUUAAGGAAGAAAAACUCACGAAGGGCUACUGCUGGACACCUUCUGUCCUUCUUUCCUUGUGUCCCUCUCUCCUUGGUGUGCUGCUAUGCUUGUGCCACUCUCUCCUUGGUGUGCUGCUCCCUUGUGCCCCUCUCUCCUUGUGUGCUGCUGAACUCGGUGGUUCAGGCAGGUAGUGGGUGAUGUAGUGGGUGAUUAGAACACUCGCAUCAGGGAGAAUAAAACUGAUGGGGGGGACGGG